GGCCACUGUGCUGUGAAGUAGUGUUUUACAAAGGGCUUGGUCCUAGUGUAACUUACAAGUGAAGAAUCUUUGUCUGGGUUCUUGACAGUACUCCGCUAGUGCGGUGUCGUUCACCGGUCUACAUGUGAGGCCUUUUAUUGUACUUACUUACUUAGUCCAACAGCCAAAGCACAAAAUGGUUUCCGCCGACGGUCGUUUUUUCAGCAGCUCUUCGACGAGCAACAAGCGGUCGGAGCUGCAGGAGCUCCGCGACGAGUUGCACAGCCAGAAGCUGGAGAAGAAACGCGAGGCGGUGCGGAAGGUGAUCGCGGCCAUGACGGUGGGCAAGGACGUGUCUUCGCUGUUUCCGGACGUUAUAAACUGUAUGCAAACCAACAGCCUGGAUUUGAAAAAGCUCGUCUACCUGUACGUUGUGAACUACUCCGCCACGCAGCCGGAGCUCGCGAUCCUGGCAGUCAACACCUUUCGCAAGGACUCUCUGGACCCCAACCCGUUGAUCCGGGCGCUCGCGGUGCGCACCAUGGGCUGCAUCCGCCUGGACGCUGUGACGGAGUACAUCCUGGAGCCCCUGCGCCGGUCCUGUCGGGACCAGGACCCGUACGUGCGCAAAACCGCGGUGAUGUGUAUCGCGAAGCUGCUAUUUUUUGUGGAAACGUUCCCAUCCGAAAGGUGAGGCACUGUCCACCUUGCAGAUUGGCAAUUUCUGCAGCUGCACAAAGUAAGUAGUCGUUUGUAAUGCGCGUCGCUCGCUGCCGCUGGUACACCAGACUACCUCCUUAUGCUCGAGUCAAUAUGAGGAUGCGAACUGAAACUGAUCGCGAUCAUCUUUGUAAGUAUUCAUUUCUAAGCUGCUCAUGCGCAACCUGCAAUACUUUGCAAUUCGUGUAGCCAACGGCACAUCUGAACUAGCUGCGGGGAGGGACGUUUUCGCAUAGGAUAGUGGUACGACAUCCAGGCAGAACUGGUGGAAGAGCACGGGUUCGCGGAAAUUUUGAAGGAUCUCACGACGGAGUAUCGCACAGAGAAAACACAACGCACAGGUCGACCUGUUUUUGUUGCAAAACCCAAGAAACAAGAUAAUGGUUGCAGGUUUAGCGUAAAAAUACAAGACAGAGUUCGACGUUGUAGCUGCUUUUUUCUGUCCCAUACAAGCAGUAACCCGGCGGUGGUCGCGAAUUGCGUUGCGGCGCUGUCGGAGAUGAGCAAGAAGAAUCCCUUGUACUUGCAAAUCGUCGACCAAGCGCUGACGCAAAACUUGCUGCACGCGUUGAAUGAGUGCACGGAGUGGGGCCAGGUUUUCAUCCUGGACUCGCUCGCACACAGCUACAACCCCGCGACGAGUCGCCAAGCGGAGAUGCUGCUGGACCGGGUGGCGCCGCGGCUCUCGCACGCAAACGAAGCGGUGGUGAUGGCGACCAUGAAACUGUUCCUGAAGUUGAUGGACAGCAUCACGAAUCAAGAGACGAAGCAGGUUUAUCUGCAGAAGCUGCGCCCGCCGUUGAUCACGCUGCUGAACUCGGACUCCGAGAUACAGUUCGUGGUUUUGCGGAACCUGCAGCUAUUUUUGAAAAAGUACGCGAACGUUUUUUCGUCUUCGACCAGCACCAAUGCGAGGUUUUCGCUGGACGUGAAGCUUUUGUACUGCAAGUACAACGAUCCGACGUUUGUAAAGAUGGAGAAGCUGGACCUGCUUCCCUUGCUCAUCUUUUCUUCCGCGGGUGGUCCUCCCGCAACCGCCUCGGGACCACCCGGACAACUCGGUCCAUCUGUCGACACGAACAUGCUGGACUCGGUUCUGUCGGAAUUGAAAGACUACGCCUCGGAGGUCGACAUUGAUUUCGUCCGGAAAACGAUAAAGACCAUCGGGAGAAUCGCGCUGCAAAGUGAGGUGUGCGCGGAGUACUGCGUAAAUUUACUGAUGGAAUUGAUGGACACGCAGGUCCACUACGUUUUGCAGGAGGCCAUCAUCACCAUGACGCUGCUUUUCCGCAAGUAUCCGGGCAAGUUCGAGAAAUGCAUCCAGGUCUUGUGCGACCAUUUGGAGACCAUCGACGAGCCGGAGGCGCGAGCCAACCUGAUCUUCGUACUCGGGGAGCACAGCGAGCGGAUCGACAACGCGGACGAGAUUCUGCUACACUUUCUCACCGGGGGCAGUAGUAGUUCUCGGCCGAAUCUGCAGCAGGAGGUCCAGCAUUUCCGCGAGGAACCGGGGGUGGUGAAGACGGUGCUGCUCACGGCGAUCGUGAAAAUGUUCCUGAAAAGCCCAGGAAACCGGACGCAGCCAAUCGUCACCAAGUGCUUGAUAAGGAGGGAAAAUGGGAUGUCUGAGAUGAAGUCGUAGAUGACACCGAAAAAAAAAUUACGUAACAACAAGUCUGACUGUGCUGGUCGAGCGGGUGUUACGUUUGAAAUACUGGUAACAAUCGAUCCGGCAGAUGAAACCGCAUGAAAUAUGUAACUGUGAUAUGUGUUUUCACUUGUGUGUGAACGGGACGAGGUCGAGGACUUGGACUCCAACUCAGACGUCUUUGCAUGUGAUAGUUCAAGCUUUGCACGGAAGAGGCCGAUGAUCCGGAUUUGCGGGAUCGAGGGUAUAGUACUCUUGUUGUGCUUGUCAGUGAACCAAUAUCAACUAUGCGUUCUGCACCAGCAGACAUCAUACAUAAGUAAGUACUGACUUCGUAAUUGUUCAAGCUCAAAUACAACCGUGAACACUACGCCAGUUACAUGUACUGGCGUUUGCUUUCCGCGGACCCGAAGGUCGCGAAGCAGAUUCUUCUGUCCAAGCAGCCAGUGAUCAUUAUCCCGCCGAAAAAAGCUAGCAUAGCAUUUAGUUGGUAAUGCAAAAAUUAAUAAGUAGGCAAGCGCUUACCCUAAACAGCAUGCUAUGCUCGCUUCUUUCCCCGGGAUACUUAUCGACGAGAAGAACAGCUUGACUUCGAACAGUACGAACGACAAAAUUCUGCAGACGUGGGGCUCCCUCUCCUCGGUGUACCGGCAACUCCCGGAGCAAUUUCUGUCCAAUUUAGCGGACCAAGGCGGGAAAAACGCGCUUAUGCAGUUCGCAAAAGUUGUAAAUGAUUUUCCCUACUGGUAGUUCUUGUCGUGUGAUUGUACUAGCUCAAAGCAGCAAGAAGUAGGUUCGCGAAACGUAGGAUAACAUCGUGGUAAAGUGUUCUCAAUGAGCACACCUUGUGAACAACAACACUGUGCCGAUUUGUACUUGGCCACUAUUCAUUCUCACUAUCUUUUGCGAUCUAUAGCUGAGCGCAACAAGGAGGCCUAUGACGAGGACAUGGACAGCGAAGACGAGGAAAACGCGGUUGCGCGACUGCGGCAACUGCAGGCGGAAAUGGGUUUCGAUGAAAAUUACAAGCAGAAAGGACCGAAUGCAGCAUCUGCUUCGAACGCAGCCGGCCGAAAACCACCGCAAGACGGAACGACCGGCGCUGCGGGCACGACUUCCGCCAGCGCUCAAGGACCCGCUUCGUCCACCACGGCGCUCGCGAUCGCGAAAGGCGGACCGCUGUCAGGGUCUUCGAACGUGGGCCACGUCGAGUUUGAGAACGCGUCUAAAAACGGCGGACCGACCAAUUCCAGCAGCUCGGCGGCGAGCGGGGCCGCGAGCGGAACCGGAAGCGACGACGAAUCCUCAUCGUCUGAGGAGGAUGAAGGCGAAAAUUCCUCGGACAGAGACGAAGAUUCUUCGGGAGACGGUUCCAGUGAUGAAGACGGGUCCGGAGACGAAGACUCGUCGGACGAGCAAGGUGGUACUAAAAACAAGCCGACCCCUGUACUUGCCGCGCUCGAAGACGCCAAGUCCUCGUCUUCCUUCUCACCGCCACAGCGAGGAACAGCAACUACUACCGCAGGCCUCUCAUCAACAUCAAAUCAAGGCCGUCCGGUCACCAGCCAGAGCCAGGCGGAAAGCGUCAAAUACGCCUUGGUGCUGCCGGACACGAAGCCGGGGAAGGGCGGCCAAACAGGGCUCAAGAUCGCAACCUCCUUGGCCCGAAGUACUUCUUCCAGCAGUUCUACCGCGCCGGGAGGUUCCAGCCAGAACAAUAAAUCCCUGCUGCUCUUCCUCGCGUUGCAGAACAACACGAAGCAAACCUUGCAGAACUUCCAACUGCAGGUGAACAAAAACUUUUUCCAGCUCGCGCUCGGCCUGCAGAAACCCUUCCUGGACAUCGAGCAGCUACGGCCGAAGGAGUCCAAGACAAUUGUCAUCCCCAUCGUGAUCGCCGCGAAAACAGCGGGAACACCGGACAGCAAUAGUUCCGCCGCCGCCGCGAUGAAUACCAUUCUCACGUUGAACAACCUGAUCGUUUUGGAAGCGGCCCUGAAAACGAACCUGGACCUGUGGUAUUUCAAAAUCCCCUUCGAGCUGCACUCCAUCCUGAUCCCUGACGUGCCGCUUCCCCAGGCGCAGUUCGACUUAAACUGGGGCAAGUUGGAACCGAAGAGCUCCAAUAAACCCAGCGGAACUGGAGGCGCGGAGGCCGCUUCUUCUAGCGCAACGACGUCCGAAUUCGUGGUGGUGCCCAUCAAUCCGGAUACGAAGGAAAAGCACUUUUUGCCCACGCUGUUGCGAAAAUUUCGGGAGCGCAACUUAAUUUUCGUGCACCACGUGGACAAAACCCGGGUAGGGCUCGACCAAAACGCUACGCACUCCUUCCAACUUGGCGGCUGUUUUGCAAACCGGAUGGCCUUUUUCGUGCAGAUCGUCAUUCGCGGAGCAGUAUGGCCCCGUGCAAAAGUAUCGCACUUUUCAAGUGUAGCACAGCUGCACUCAGCUGAAGGACAAGUUCGUAUGCUUGUAUGCUUGUGGGAAAGUAGUGAUGUUCAUCAUGCGACCCUUGGGCUUCAAUGAUGAUGACAGAUGAUCGCGAUCCCGUUCCCGAUCUCUCCCCAACUUCCGUGGUUUGGCAUUCUGCACGGCAAGAUGCGGGCGAUACUUUUGCGAAUGCAUAUUCUGCUGCGCAGGUGAAGCUGCGAAGUGACCAGGAAACGAUCUUGCCACACGUGCAGAAAUUGUUUGAAACGAUUUUGAAGUCCUGAUAGAAAUGGCAGACGGUUGCAAACUGUGCAAAAGUUCUCCGGAUCCGUUGCGGUCACAGUAUCUAGGUUGCAACCAUGGAUACAGACCAAGAAUGAUAAACUUUAACUGAUUCGCAAAUCCGGAGACGCGUAUUCCAUUCGCAAAUCCAGAAUGGCAU